CACGUCAUUGAUCCAUAAUCCAGCAAACACUAUCAUUGCAUUUGAAGUCCAUGAUUAGGAUUUUCCCUGACAUAUUUAUAUUAAGUAUUGUUUAAUGGUCGAGAGCAAGACAUUAAGUAAAAUAUUUUAACAACAAUUAAGAGGACCGUCAGGCCCGAUCGAGUGUUUUUACAAUAUAUUAUGCAAUGUCUUAAAGCUCGAGACCAUUAAACAACUUAAAAUACAGACACCACGUGCUUUGCAAUGAAAUACGUCACUUGGGUUCAAUAUUUUAGCUAGUUACACUUGGCAUACCUUAUUUGAAAUAAUGAUCUAAAGAAAGUAUGAACAAAGUAUUUACAACUAUUCUCCAGUGUGGAAAGAACAAAUUAUGUCAGUGUUUGUGUGGUAGAUUACCAAAGAUCUGUGAUAAUAAAAUUGUGAGUCUUGGAAGAAGGGGGGUCAUCACAUGGAAUUUAUCCAAUCAGUCAAAUAAUAUCAAAACUUAUCAACACAGGCAUAUUUUACGGAACAAUCGAAACCUAUGUCAGACUCACAAAAGUUAUUCAAAACAGGAAGGCAGUAGAAAUAAUACUAUUGAAGACCGAUUAAAAGAUAAAAACAGACCUUCAGUUACAGGGAAUGCAAAAGAUGAAAUUUUUACAGAGGAAUUCAAAGUAAAGUCUUCAGAAAUAAUAACUGAAGAAAUAGAGGAUGUUGAAGAUUUCACUGAUACAGAAGAUACUGAGCAGAUAGAAAGGAUACUACCCAUUUCCCUAAAUAGAGGUAAAGAAGGUGUAUUUGACCUUGAUGACUUUGUGACACUGUUGAAGGAAUCAAAUGUGAAGGAUCUGUGUGUUUUGAAAAUACCUGAAAAUAUUCAGUUUAUUAAUUAUAUGGUUAUUGUAUCUGCUUUAUCCUACAGACAUAUGCUGGCCAUAUCUAAUAAUAUCAACUAUGUUUAUAAGAAAAGAAAGAAUCGUAAAGACAGGUUUUUAAAUAUUGAAGGAAUAAAUACCAGAAAUUGGUUUGCGAUUGAUAUGGGAAAUAUAUUGUUGCACAUAUUCAUGCCGGAGACGAGAGACGUGUACGAUUUAGAAACUUUAUGGACAGUUGGAACUCAAUUUGAUUCCAAGGUGGAGACACAGAAUGAACUGGAUCUAAUUAUGUCAAGACUAGGAUUAGACAUGUCUUUAUAUAGCCCAGAUGACACAAAUUUAAAAAAUUCUGAGAUGGGAUUGGACAAUAGACCAAAAUAGAAUUAACAUAUCUUUAUAAGUUAAAUUUUGAAAACAAAUAUAGUCUGUGCAAGCCAACUUAUUAAUUGACAGCAAGGAUAGAAAGUUAUAUAAAUGAAAUAUUGUUUUGAUUUUUAAUAGUGGGUUAUGUUUAAUGUACCCAGCUAUUUUUAUAUUCUGUACAUAUAGUACACAUGCAUGAAAGAGAGAUGAUUUAUUCAAGGCA